GCUGUUUUGUCUGUCAUGGCAUCUAAAGUAUCGUACGAGAAUAAAGCUUUCGUUCAUGAUAUUGUGGUAGAUCACUGGAAGAUGGAGCUGGUUGAAUGUCGUGACUACUGGAAUGAUUGUCAAGAAAAAGCAACAACGCAGGGUUUUAUCAUGUUAGAAAAAAGUGAAGAGCAGCAUAGAUACAUGGUGGCUUUCAGAGGAACCGAACUCUUUGAUGCUGAUGCAUGGUCCACUGAUGUCGACAUUUCAUGGUUUGAGAUUCCUGGUGUAGGAAGAAUCCACUCUGGUUUCAUGAAAGCAUUAGGGUUACCAUUGGACUUGAACAAAGAAGAGUUGAUAUGGCCUAAGGAAAUCGAAACCGAUGAGAACCGUCCACGUGCUUAUUACUCCAUAAGGGAUUUACUGAAGAAGCAUUUGAAGGGAAAUGAUAAAGCAAAGUUUAGUUUGACGGGUCAUAGUCUUGGUGGAGCCCUUGCAAUUCUCUUUCCGGCAACGCUGAUGCUGCAUGACGAAACAUUUCUGUUGGAAAGACUUGAAGGGGUGUACACGUUUGGACAACCUAGAGUUGGAAAUAAAACAUUUGCAAGUUACAUGGAUAAAAACUUGAAACAUUAUAGCAUCAAGUAUUUCAGGUUUGUUUACUGCAACGAUGUUGUUCCUAGGUUGCCCUUCGAUGAUGGCAUCCUCAAAUUCGAGCACUUUGGAUCAUGUCUGUAUUAUGACAGGAGCUAUAACGGCAAGAAAGUGCAAGAGGAGCCGAACAAAAAUUACUUCUCGUGGAAGGCUAUGAUACCGAUGAAGGUUAAUGCUUUGUGGGAACUUGUAAGGAGCUUCACUAUUGUGUAUAAAUAUGGAGAUGAGUACGAAGAAGGAUGGCUUCUAAGAUUUGUUAGGCUUUUAGGCUUACUACUUCCUGCAGGCAUACCGGCCCAUGGUACUCAGGAUUACGUUAAUAUUACCCGCCUGGGAAUUCCCUCACAUUUGGAUUGAUUCAUCUCAACUAUCAAGAGUACA